AUGCGAUUGGUGACAGAAACCUUACUUUUGUGUCUUGCUAGAUUCUUUCUCUUCUUUGCAUGCCGGAAAUACCUUCUCCGAAGUCUGUACUCGGACUUGCAGUCGCUUUCGGCAGACUCGACACCGGGCGGGGGAGAGAGCACCCCAACUCACCAAGGAAAUGAAAUAGAAUUAGACUCGCUUCCACCACCUACAACGCAUACUCCGAAAUCGAGCAAGUUUUUCAAUGCGGGUACUACGUUUCUUCAUACAAUCGUCUCAAGAGCCAUAUUCUCCUGGAUGUUUGCGGAGAGUUGCACCAUGUUCUUCUUGCUAAUGCUUCAAGGAUUGGACAUACUUUCUCCUCGAACACGUCUAAUAAACUGGAGAUUUUCUCUGUUCUUUUUGAUGGCCACCAUCCUCGUUAUCAUCCCACUCUCCGUUAGUCUAUUACUCGCCCUUGGUGCUGGAGGAGGAGAUUCUAGAUCCUGCUUCAAAAGCCUACUUGGUCCACGUGUCGUAUUCAGUCUCGUCCCCGUCGUUCUUUACCUCUUUGCCCUCUCCUACAUCCCGCUGCCAGAAGCACUCUCAUCCUCAGAUAUCACGACAGCGGCCCUCUCCCGCUUAAUCGUGCUGGGCACAAUUAUCCUUGGCUUACUAUCCGGUUUCGGAGCAAUCAGUAGUUCUUGGCAGUAUCUUCCCUUCCUUUCCCGUGCUCAGAGCGUCCCAGGGAACCAAGAUGUGGACGCAUCCGAAUACGCCCUUGCCAGCAUCCGAAACGACUUGAGAACGAGAAGGGCAGAAGCAGAACGCAGAGCAGAAUCAAAGGUGGAAGGGAGCUGGUUCUCUCGUGUAGGAACAUCUUUUAGAGGUGGGGACAGUCUGACGCAAGAACUACUAGGCCUAGAAGCUCUCGAAUACCAGAUGAGCCGCAAGACUGAAUCAUUGCGGCAAAGACGGGAUGCUGCCAAAUACUCAAAAACUUUCAGAGGGAAGAUGUUCAACGUUGCUGCGCGCAUUUUCGCAGUGUAUUGCGUUGUCCGGUUUAUCAGCUCACUGUAUAACAUAACAUUCCUGCCGACUCGCCGUUCCUCAUCGACGACGACCUAUCCAGACUUGAUCACCGAUCUUCUUGCCCACAUCUUGUCGUCUGAAGUCAAGUUGGAGGAUGUCGCUUCGUUGUCGAGGCAGAUCAGCUUGGCGUUGGUAGGAGUCAUUAUUCUCACUAGCAUAAGGCUCGUUCUACGCGGAGUGACAAGAGCUCUACGUGUUACAAGUCGCAAUCUUGGGGCCUCGCUCAUGCUUCUGGUACUAGCCCAACUAAUGGGAAUCUACCUCCUCUCUACCGUAGUCCAAAUGCGCUCGUCAUUCCCACCACCACCCACCAAGCCAGACGCCGACGCGACCGUCACGAACCUCUUCUCCACCAUCCCCGAAUACGAGGUAUUUGGGUCCCUCUUCGACUGGUCAUUUCUAUCCUCCUUCGUAGCGUCUGCCUUUGUCCGAUGGGGCGCGGAGAGGGUGAACGGUGAUGACGACAGCUAA